GCGCUAGUUUGAAAGCAGAUAGAACUUCAAGAAACAGAUGGCAGAGGGUCAGGAAGAACACUUUUCCCGAACGCAGAGGUUAAAAGCUGCUGUUCACUAUGUUGUUGGAAGUCUUUGCCAAGAGGUUGCAGAUGAUAAAGAAAUUGAUUUCAGCAAACAAGCCAUUGCAGCUAUAUCAGAAAUCACAUUCAGACAGUGUGAGUCAUUUGCAAAAGACCUUGAAAUUUUUGCCCGACAUGCAAAGAGAACUACAAUAAAUAUGGAUGAUGUGAAACUACUAGCAAGGCGAAGCCGCUCUCUGUAUGCCCAUAUCAGUAAAUGCAGUGAUGAAAUAGCAGCUAACAGCUUGGAACAGAAAGAGAAGAAAAAGAAGAAAUCUGUCAGUGGAGGAAAUGUUUCAAGAAAUUCUGACAUGGAUACAGUUGUCCCAGAGAGCAAGGACUAGAAUGUCAUCUAAGCAAGAAUUUUUGCUGGUACAUAAAUAUGAUAUUUUUCUAUUAUCUAUAUCUGUGCUAGUAUAGUUUAUGUAACUGGUCAGCCAAAUGUUUUAGAAUAAUUUAUUAUGGAGCACCAUGCAGCUUUCUGGAGCAAGAGCUUUCCUCAACAUCUAUGGAAGAGUAAAAUUAAAUGCUGUGUCAGCUUUACCCUUUAACAAAUAUCCUGGGCCUAAUGUCUUUCUCAGAACCAGUACAAAUAUCAUCAAGCAGAUCACAACCAGAAUCUUUGAGUAUCAAAUGUAUGUUUGAGGUUCUCUAUCACUCACUGCAUACUUCUCCAAGGCCUUAAUUGUGCUGAUUCCAAAAUAAGGGAAAGUUCGCGUGAAAUUUAUCACAUUAUCACCCACUUUACCUCAUACACACUAAUAGAUGCCGGUUGUACAUAUCUAAUUCAUCCAGAUCAGACUGACUGACAGCCAGGAAGCAUCAAAAUAUCAGCCUCCGCUGGCUUUACACCAGCCACAAAUUAACCCAUGCUGAAUGAGGAUACAGUGAUGGCUUCCGUAGACUUUCAAAUCGGUUAACUGGGAAUUGUUUUGAGAGUGACUAAGCUGAAAAGUUAAAACUUAUACAAAACCCCUGUGGCAUGUGUCAGGGUUAAUAGGAUUACAUCUCCCACCUUUCCAAAAGCCAGGAAAACCAGGCAGGGUUCCACCUCUCCAGCCUGUUUGUCCUGGCAACGGAGCACUUUUCCAUUGUUGUCCAACAAAAACAACAACAAAUCAAGGGCACUUCCUUACUUCAAGGCUGUAGAAAAGAUAUCCCUUUUUACGGAUGACCUCUUAAGGGGGGGGGGUUAUCACCUUAAUAAAUAAAUCCAAAUCCUAUUUAUUGUUUAUUUUAUUGGAUUUCCUUAAUUCUUUCUGAAUCUACAAUUUGUUCAUACAGACCGGUGCCAUUUGUGGACACUGUUAUCAAGGCAAGCUUUGCAUUAUCCCAAAAUCUAUGUAUGUACCAGAAAAAAAAAUUGACAUACAUGCUCAUACACAGGUUAUAAUGUUCUAGACGGUGAAGAGGGAGGGGAGGGUACGGGAGGCUGUUACAUCAAGGAAGUGCAGAAAUGAAAGAGAAAGUAAUUGCUGUGCCUUGGGCAUAGAGGCAGGUAUGGCAAUAUAUGAUUGACUGCUGAGAUUUUUAAAUGAGUCUAUAGCAGGUAUGUAUGUUUUAUAUCCAAUACAUAUUACAUUGCUAUUUUGCUAUUUUGACUCCACUUGCCUACUAAGCUCCCAAACUGUUAUGUGCUUCACAAAUCUCUGGUCUACAUUGAAAAAGCUGUGUUUUGGAAAAUCAACAACAUCCUUAUACUCUUAUAAGAAAUAACAAAUCCCCCAAAAGUUGACAGAAUGUAACACUGAUCUAUGAGAUAGAGGGCACUACCAAAUUUAGAUAUGCCAUUAUGGGACUACCACAGUCAGGGGUCCUAAAAGAAGAACAAUUGUGAUUCAUGGGAAAGUGAGUAGAUUGUGCACAAAUUUUAAUAUACGGGUUCACUGAGGUGUAUUAGGGUCAUGACCAUGUGUCCACAGGUUUGGGUUUUUUUUCAUUGAGCCCACACUUGUUGCCAGCGCCCUCAGCCCAGCUGACCAGUGUGUUAAUAAUUGGGGAUUCCAUCACGCAGAGGGUCCUGCUAACUUAGUAGUAUGGGGCCUCAAAAAUCACCAUAGACCUGACCCUUUCCCCAUAUUCUUUCAACUUUAAUUGGAGCCCUGAAUGAGCUUAUUGCAACAAACUAUAUGAGGGAAAGUUUCCACACACUACUAAAUCUUACGCCACGAUUAACUUUGCCAUGCAGUGGAUAUGGUUACUCUCCGUUAUGCAACUAUGUUUGAAUAUUGCUGCACUACUCACCAUACUAUUGACUUUGCAAGUUGUUAAAAUUCAAAUCUUUAAUAAAAUUUACCUUUAAAAUUUA